AGUAACAUAAACUGGGGCGGGGGCUUUGUAUGUGUCGUCGUGCGGGACUGAUGAAGAAACAAUUUCAUCGUGUUUUCGUGUCCAGCUAACGGAAUAACGCUGACAUACUGCAUUACAGAGUGACGCUCUGCUGUUAUAAUCGUUAAAUCAAGAUGGGAAGCUGCCUUACUGUUGGGCCAAAUGAAGCCUUGGUGGUCUCUGGUGGCUGUUGUGGCUCCGAUUCCAAGACUUACGUGGUAGGAGGCUGGGCCUGGGCAUGGUGUCUUAUCUCAGACACUAAAAGGAUAACCUUGGAGAUCAUGACUCUGCAGCCCAGGUGUGAGGACGUGGAGACAGCAGAGGGGGUGGCCAUCACUGUCACAGGUGUGGCACAGGUAAAAGUCAUGACAGACCAUGACUUGCUUGCAGUGGCCUGUGAACAGUUUCUGGGUAAAUCAGUGAUGGAGAUCAAAGCCGUCGUUCUGCAGACCUUGGAGGGACAUCUGCGCUCCAUUUUAGGUACCUUGACAGUGGAACAGAUUUACCAGGACAGGGAUCAGUUUGCUAAGCUAGUGAGGGAGGUGGCAGCACCCGACGUGGGCAGGAUGGGCAUCGAAAUUCUCAGCUUCACUAUUAAGGAUGUUUAUGAUAAACUGGAUUACCUGAGCUCCCUUGGGAAGACCCAGACUGCAGCUGUCCAGAGGGAUGCAGACAUUGGUGUGGCUGAGGCAGAGAGGGAUGCUGGGAUACGGGAGGCAGAGUGUAAGAAAGAGAUGAUGGAUGUCAAGUUCCUGGCAGAUACCAAGAUGGCUGACUCCAAACGUGAACUAGAGCUGCAGAAAGCCUCUUUCAACCAGGAAGUCAACACCAAGAAAGCUGAGGCGCAGCUGGCAUACGAGCUUCAGGCAGCCAAGGAGCAGCAGAAGAUCCGCCUGGAGGAGAUAGAGAUCGAAGUGGUGCAGAGGAAGAAGCAGAUCACCAUUGAGGAGAAGGAGAUUGACCGCACGGACAAGGAGCUCAUCGCCACAGUGAAGAGGCCCGCUGAGGCCGAGGCCUACAAAAUGCAGCAGCUCGCUGAGGGCCAAAAGAUAAAGAAGGUGCUGACUGCCCAGGCUGAGGCAGAGAAGAUCAGGAAGAUUGGUGAGGCGGAGGCCGCCUCCAUUGAAGCAGUGGGAAAAGCUGAAGCUGAGAAGAUGAGGCUAAAGGCUGAGGCCUACCAGCAGUAUGGAGAGGCAGCCCAGACUGCCCUGGUCUUGGAGGCCCUGCCCAAGAUUGCAGGCAAGGUUGCAGCUCCAUUAGCCAAGACCAGUGAGAUUGUGAUACUGAGUGGGGAGGGCAGCCGUGUGACAGGCGAGGUGAACCGCCUUUUGGCUGAACUUCCUGUGUCAGUCAAUGCUCUCACUGGAGUGGACUUAACCAAGAUCCCUUUACUGCAGAAGAUGACCGAUGCUCAAGCCUGAAAACAGCUGACUCCACAUGACUUCAAUAUCUGUUUUAUGCACUCUCAUAGACUGCCUUUAAUACACUUGAAUAAUUUUGUUGUUUUAUACAUAUAUAUAACAGGUGGAUUUUGAAAACCUCUGGUGCCUUACUUUAUAUAGGACCAGAAUAUCUGCAUGUACUGCUGCUCCUUUAAAAGAGUCUUUAUUUUGUUGUAAUAUGGGAAGUUCCUUGUCUUUUGUUCUGAAUUUUUUUUUUUUUUUUUUUUUUUUAUCUUAAAUCCUGGCCUAUUUGUACAAACUGACACAGGACAGGAGAGCUGAUUUAAGACGAGUUUGGCUCUUAUCUAUCCACUGAUUUUCUGCCACCUAUAAUAGUUUAGUUCAUAUCAUCAUUUGAUCUGACAGCUAAUCUUGACGCAUAUUAUUUAGUGUUUUUAUACAUAGUGACCCUUCUUUUGGGGCAAGGCAUCUACACAUCUUCUACACUAUGUACAUGAUGUAGCAGGCCAUUUUAUGAAUUCACAUACCUUCACCUCAUUUAUCUGAGACUAAAAAGUACCCUCAUCUUCUCCCCUUGCAUAGAUACAGAUACUCUGUAUUACCACUAUAACUUUAGAUUAUCUCUCUGAUUUCAAAAGCUUCCAACUUUACCUCACACAAUUGCCAUUUUUUGUUUUUUUUUUCACAUGUGAUUUGUAAAAUUUUAUUUUGUAUAUAUUGUAAUUUAGAUUUGUUUUGUAAUUUGUUGCACUGAUAUUUUUCAGUGCAACAAAGGUGCUCACAAUCCAUAAAUCAGCCCCUUUUGUUGUGCAAAUCUCCACUUUAAUUUAUGCCUGUUCGUGGAGUUUUGUGCAUUAGUUAUUCUUUUUUUUUUUUUUUUUUUUUACUUAUUCACUUUGUUUCUCUUGCCAGAGGUAUAAUUUCCUCUAGACUGUUGUUGUUCAGGCAUGAUAGGUAUCACUGUCCUUUAUGUUCAAACAAGAAGAUGGGAAGGAAAUUAUAAUCUUAUGCUAAUAUAGUUGGCUUGUAGUGUAGUAGUUAUGUAAUUCUUUGUCUAGGGGUUACUGAAAUCUUUAGCUGUUUUGGUUUUUAUUAUAAUUGGAAAACGGGUAACUUGGUGUUCAAAAAUAAGUGUGUUAAUGUAGACACGAUUUAACAGGCAGAUUGUGAAAGACCUGUAUUGUGAACUGUUUGAAUACUGUGGUGGAAACCUUGCUCUUGCAAGAGUCUGAAAGUAACUGGCCAAAUAGUAAUUCCAAAUAGAUCUUUUUUUCUUGAGUAAUUUUAGUAGAGAAAAAAAAAAAGAGGAACUUGUGAUAUCACACAUUCUAAUGUUUGAUUUCCUAUUACAGAUACCUGUAGAUCCUAAGCCAUGUUCGACAGUACUUCUGACUCUGUCAACAAACCAAACUUUUAUACUUGUGUCUCGAGAGACAUGCAUUCUUUUCAGCCAGUGCUAGUAAAUUUCUUUGAUUUGUUUAAAUAAUUGUGAAAUGGGUUCUAGAAGUAUGCAGUUGCAGUACACUGCAUCACCUCUCUAUCUAUGAAUUUAGGUUUGCGUGAAAUUAAAUUAUUCACAUUAGUGGUCAUUCCAGUACUUUGAUAAUCAGUCUAUUCAAUAUUUUGGCUGUUUCUUGGGGCUAUUGUGCUUUGUAAAUGGUCACAAUGCUUGAUUUUUUUUUUUUUUUUUUUUUUUUUUUUUUUUUUUUAUGGCUAAAGCCUUCCAAUACAUUAAUACAUCAAACUCCAAAGCAGAACUACACAGGAUAUGAUGUAACUACCCCAGGUUUAUAAAAAACAAAACAAAACAAAACAAACAAACAAACAAACAAA